AUGGCAGACUACCAACACCUCCCUCAGGACGACUACGAAGGUGACCACGCCCCAAGAACAGGCACAUCCUUCCCCCGCAACCUCAAAAAGGCGCUCUCCAAACGAAGCAACGUCGUUCUCCUGGCCACCGCAGCCGUUGCCAUCCUCGCCGCCUCGACCUUCUGGCUUGGCUCCUCCAACGAAUGGUCCCACCACCCGACCCAUUUCGAAACCGUCGGUAUCUCAGCUGAACGAUUCCAAUACGGUUUGGACAAGUGUGAGCAGAUCCAUCGCAAGGACAAGCACACGUAUCCUGGGGCUGAGACGAGGACUUUUAAUCCUCGGUUUGUUAAUGGGACGAAGCCUACGUUGUUUAAGAACGGAUUUAUCUUUGAUGGCGUCAAUGAGGCCAUUAAGGGCGAUGUGUUGGUGGACCAGGGCGUUGUUGUGAAGAUGGGUGAGUCUGUUGAGGUACCUGAGGAUGCGGUUGUUGUUGAUCUGAAGGGACAUAUCCUCACCCCUGGCAUCGUUGACAUGCACAGCCAUCUGGGAGUGUUCUCGAUGCCAAUUCUCGAUGCGACAAACGACUUUAACGAGAUGACAGAUCCCCUGGUUCCCUUUGCCCGGUCCAUCGACGGCUUCAACCCCAGUGAUGUAGCCAGAGAGCGCGCCGUCUCGGGCGGUAUCACCAGCAUCCUCGUCCUCCCCGGGUCCAGCAACCUCAUGGGCGGAGAGGCCUAUGCUUUCAAACUGCGAUUGCCUGACACUCUCAGCACCGAGGACAUGCUUAUCGAGUACGGAAACAAAGACAAGUGGCGCUACAUGAAGAUGGCCUGUGGCGAGAACCCCAAGAACCGAUAUGGUCACCAGGCUCGUAUGCCUAGCACUCGUCUCGGCGAAGGGUGGUUGUUCCGUGAGAGGUUUUCAAAGGCGACCACGCUCAAGCGUGCACAGGACGAUUGGUGCGCUGCUGCGGGUGCCUUGCCCAAAUAUGGGCGCCAUCGUCUAGCGGCUCCCUUCCCUGAGGAGCUGCAGUAUGAGAGUUUGGUUGGCCUGCUUCGAGGUGAUGUCCGCCUAAAUGUGCAUUGUUAUGAGACCCAUGAUAUCGAGGCUAUGGUUGACCAUUCGAACGAGUUCGAGUUUGAGAUCAAGGCCUUCCACCAUGCUUUGGAUGCUUAUCGUGUCCCUGAUAUUCUCAAGCGUGCUUACAACAAUGUCCCAAUGGUCGCCACCUUUGCUGCCAAGUUCGGAUACAAGAAGGAGGCGUUCCAGGCGUCGGUCUUAUCGCCAAAGAUCCUGGUGGACGCCGGCAUCGCCGUCGCAAUGAAGAGCGACCACCCCAUCGUCGACUCCCAGCACCUCAUCUAUCAGGCAGCAAUGGCCCACCACUACGGUCUGACCGAACUCCAGGCCCUGGCUUCGGUCACCUCUGUCCCCGCCAAGGCCCUGGGUCUUGAACACCGGAUCGGCAAGAUUGCGGUCGGCAUGGAUGCAGAUUUGGUCAUCUGGGAGAAGCACCCUCUCUCACUCGGUGCUCACCCUCUCCAGGUCUACAUUGACGGUAUUGCGCAGAUCAAGAAUGUCGAUCCUGAGGACUGGUCUGAGCAAGGCGAGCCUUUGAAGUUUGAGGAGUCACCCGAAUUGGUGGUCCCCAAGGCCAAGGAUGCUUGCUCGGCCAACUCCAAGGACGCGGUCUUUACGGGUAUCAAGAAAAUCAUCCGUGAGGAAGGCGAGGAAGUCAGCGCCAAGGGCGAGCUGGUAGUAGUGGUCAGGAAUGGACAAGUCGUCUGCUCUGGUCUGUGCCGCCAGUACUCGAACAAGGAUGUUGCAGUUUAUGACUUGGGCGGUGAGGGUGUUGUCGUGCCAUCAUUGUUGUCGGUCGGUACCAAAUUCCUGGGUCUGCUGGAGAUCCCCCCUGAGCAGAGAACGGGCGAUGGCGCAUUGAACUUGCAACCUGUUGUUAUUAAUGCGGCGGAUGGACUUAAGUUUGGAGGACACCAUAUGGAUGAGGCGUACAAGGCUGGUGUUCUUGUGGGCGUUACUGCUCCCUUCUCGCAGCAUGUCGUCCAGGGUGUCUCUGUCGCCUUUUCCACCGGCGCCGAAGAUGCAUUGUCAGGAAAGAACGCUGUGUUAAAGGAACAAGUCGCACUGCAUGUCAGGAUCGGCCAAGAGUCCAAAUCAACUCUCUUCCCCACAAUCUCCUCCCAGAUCCACUUCCUCCGCUCAUCCCUCUACAAGGGUCUCUCCAACGUCUUCAACACCGACGAUGUCUUCGCCCAGGCCGCACGAGGCAGCCUCCCCCUAGUCAUUGAAGUCUACAACCGCGAUGAAAUCAUCCGUGUCGUCCAGAUCAAGGCCGAACUCGAGAAGCAAGGUGCUCAUAUCCGAUUGGUCCUCUUGGGCGCGACCGAGGCCUGGACAGUCGCCGACUACCUCGCUAAAGAAAACGUGAGCGUCAUCCUGCAACCCUACCACUGCACCCCUAACCAAUGGACCGCGCAGCGCUGCCUCCCUGGCGCACCUCUCACCAAGGAGACUGGCCUCUCUGCACUCCACAAGGCCGGCGUUCAAGUCGGACUGUCAGCUUUCGAGUUUGAAGAUCUUCGACAAAUGUCUUGGUUUGCGGGUUGGGCACGUUCCGAUCUGGGAUUGACUGAAAAGGAAGCUGUUGGAUUGGUGAGCUGGAACUUGGCCAAGAUUGUGGGUCUUUCGAAGGGUGCUGUUGAGGCGGCAGGGGUUGUGAUCUUUAAUGGUAGUCCGUUUGAGUUUGGACCCAAGGUUGCGGCUAUUGUUGGUGGCGGUAAGCCGGGUAUUGAGUGCAAUCCACGCGCUUUUUAG